AUGGAAUCUCCAUAUUUUAUACAGACGCCUCAACCUGACGGUAGCGAGAUUGCGUCUCAGAUCAUAUCAAUGUGUUCGAUAAGCAUAUUGUCCCUCCUGUUUGGAAUCAAGUCUUACAAUGUCCAAUAUAAAUAUCUGUCGUUAUCAAGGUGGCUGGUCCUUGCUCUCUAUCUAUUCUCCUGGUCAUUUACCACGUCAAGCAUGAUAUUUACUUCUACCAACAAUGGAAAUUACAUUUCCUGUUACCUAUCAAUCAUGGCUUGCGAUAUAUUUUAUUCUGCUACAAAACUAACUACUUAUUGGUGGCAAGUGUGGGUGGUUUCUUCUGUACGGCAGUCGAGGUGGAGAACACCAAUCUAUAGGUUCCACUGCUUACUCUUAACUCCUUAUGCUGGUAUUUUUUCACUUAUGAUUGUUUUUCACAUUGCCGAACUCAAAGAUACAGGAGAAUGUAUUAUUGGACUAGAGACCUAUGCCAGUGUUCCAUUGAUGCUUUAUGAUUUUCUUAUUAACUUUUAUAUGACAAUCUUGUUUGUAAAACCAUUGUGGAAAAGUAGCAAGACGUUGACUAUAGACUGGAAAAUGUCCCGUCUUCAUGAAGUAGCCGAACGUACUAUGGUGGCGUCCAUAGUGUGUUUGUUUGCUUCCCUGGCUAAUCUUGUGCUUCUCCUUGUUUUCCAUGGCCGUGAGCGUGGGCUGUUUUGCUUGAGCUGUUGUACAGUAGAUGUGACUAUCAAUGUUGUUACCGUACACUGGGUAACCUCUAGUACAACCACCAAAAAGCCUAAAGAUAGUAAAAUUAGUAGUCUGACCAGCCCUGGUGAGAACUACAGCAACCAGUCAGUCAAUCAACCGAUUGACCGUACCGUAGCUGAGAGUUCACAGCAGAUCGACCCCAAGAACCUGCAAAACGUUGUUGUGCAACAAGCAGAGAACGACAUGAAAUCCCAGUUUGACUUGGCACCCUACGCACAAUCCACCGAAACUCCACUAGACAUUGUUGGUUACCAAAGCAGGUACUAUGUAGCCAACCGACCUGCCAAUAAUCUGGAGAUCGAUUACAAACAGCCAAGUUUCGACAGCCAUUAUUCAUCUCCUUCAAGGUCGCACGAAAGCAGUUUAUCUCUAACCAAAAGUAUAGCAAAUUCUGGAUAA